GUCGCGAUGCCGGGCGCGGUGCGUGGCGCGGUGCGUGGCGCGGUGCGCGCACUGUGCCUGGCCGCGUUCCUGGGCGCUCUGGGGACCGGCGGGACGGAGCUGACGCUGGAACUGCCCGACAGCGACCGGCGCUGCUUCCACCAGGAGCUGGAGAGCGGCAUCAAGUUCACCCUCGACUACCAGGUGAUCAGUGGGGGGCACUAUGACGUAGACUGCUAUGUGGAGGACCCCAACGGCAAGACCAUCUACCAGGAGACCAAGAAGCAGUACGACAGCUUCUCACACCGCACCGAGGUUAAGGGUGUCUACACCUUCUGCUUCAGCAAUGAGUUUUCCACCUUCUCACACAAAAUCGUCUACUUCGACUUCCAGGUGGGCGAUGAGCCGCCCAUCCUACCCGACAUGAACAACCGCGUCACUGCCCUGACACAGAUGGAAUCCGCCUGCGUCACCAUCCACGAGAUGCUGAACUCAGUGAUCGACUCCCAGACCCACUACCGGCUGCGGGAGGCCCAGGACCGGAGCAGAGCCGAGGAGCUCAAUGGCCGUGUCUCAUACUGGUCAGUGGGGGAAACCAUCAUCCUCUUCGUGGUCAGCAUCGGACAGGUGAUGCUGCUCAAGAGCUUCUUCACCGAGAAGAGACCUGGCAGUGGCGGGACCAGCACCUAGAGCUGCUGUGUCUGUGCCUGAGCAGAGCGGGGAGCGGGCUGGCAGCGGCCCUGGGCUCGCGCUUUCCCUGCGGUCUAUGCUGGAGGCGGGAGCAGGGGGUGACGCUGCUGAGCCGGGGGGACAGGGUGGACGUGGACACCCAAGUACAAGCAUCCCCCCGCGUUACCUUCCACUUCCCAUUGCCCACCUUGCUGCCCUGUCCCCUCGCCUGGCCGCCCUGUCCUCACUCUCUGGCUCUGCUGAGGAGCGGGUGGGUGCCCUGGACCAGUAUCAGCACUGACACUGGGGGACCCUCAGAGCCCAACAUGACUGCAGUGGCCACGAGCUGCCCCUCAGAGCCCUGCCUGGCCAGCGAGGGGAUGGGGCAGCUCUGGCCCACCUGGUGCCCACCUAGUGCCACCAGCCCGAGGAGAGCUGCCCAUGGGCUGGGAGUCUCUGUCUGCACCCCGAUUGUCCCAGGGUGGAUAGCACACUUCCAGCAGCGGAGCCACAGCAGCAGCAGCAGCAUCCCAAGAGGGGAGAUUUUUUGCUGGGUGGUCCUGGGCUCUACCAGCCCCUCCCCUCGAAGCAUUUCUCAGGCCAGCAGUGUUUGGUUUGCCCCUACCAGAUGGUAUUUUCAUACUCACACGAGUCCAUACCUGGGACUCAGCCCCCCGCCCACCCCCCCACACCCUGCAGAGAUGUGCCAAGGAAGCCCCAUCCCUGCCCCAGCAGCAUUGGGUACCCCCACUCCGUUGGAACUGCAGCCCCCUAUUCCCUAGAGCCCCACAGAAUGGACACCCCCAGGAGAGCCCUGGGGUGAGCCCCCUGUGCAAGAACACUGGUCUGUGCAAGACCCUUGGUGGCCUCCAGCCCUCAAGCAGGUGUGGGAUCCCUCCCCAGGGCUGGAGCAACUCCACUGGCCUUUGCCACUUCCAAAUAAAUCCCUGCAAGCAUG